CGGGGCCCCCACUAUUUGUCCUCCAUCUCUCUCCCCCCCUAACGUCCACCUACCCCGAAACAAAUUCAGAGCCUCAACCCACAAACGAUCUGGUCUUCUAUGUACACGUAGCAGUAGGCAGAUACGGGCAAGUCUUCCUGAAUUAGGCAUCAAGAGCUAUAGGAGUUUCUCUGCAUUAGUUGGGCAGCCUCGUCUGCUAGGGAGCAUUAGCAAUGUCCAUCAUCCAGCAGCACUCCUCGGCCUCGCUCGGCGAUGCCUGGCGAACCAUCAACAUCGAUGCCCUCGACCCCGACUCCUCCCAGAACUUCGACACUUCGACCCUACAUCCGCCACUCCCCGAGAUCAGCGAGGCUGAUGUUCGGCAGCUUAACGGCCAAAUACGCCAGCUCCUUCGCGGCGGUGACGCCGAAGGCGCCCUGAGAGGCAGCCUCGAGAACCCGGUGUACAAUGGCAGUGACUCAGCUAAGGAUGCACACCUACAGACUGUAGUAGAGGUCCUGCAAUCGAUCAAGGCGAGCGAGAUGACACCGAUGUUACAGCGGAUCUACGGAUCAGAGGGAGGGAGCGAACUAUUAGACGUAUUGAUGAAGUACCUAUACAAAGGCAUGUCGGGCGGUGCAUCGUCGAGCGGAGGACCACGAACGGCAGCGCGAAUCUUAACGCCGCAACCGACGGGAUUCAGCCAGAUCGGGUCCAGGCCCGGGGGUACGAACGAGUCUACGGGUACGGCUAUGAGCGUGCUGCUAAGCUGGCACGAGAAGGUGGUUGAUAUUGCGGGCUUGGGUAGCAUAGAGCGAUGUAUGACAGACUGGCGUAGAGUUUAAAAAGUCUUAAAACGGCUGGUUAGCAAUGGGAUCACGAUUUUGAUAUACAUACCUUCUCGCCUACCUCAUGUAGUUACCAAAUGCAUUUACCUCUUAUAUAAUAUGAUACGGGCAUUCCAAGUUCCAGCUGCAA